AUGUCGUCGCGAAUGCCCCGCAUAAACACCCGUGAUAAUACCACGAGGACUUCAUUUGAGUCCAGGUCGCAGAAGGCAGGCACAGACUCGCCGGGAUCGGGACCGGAUCGACCGCCACACAAGAGGACAUUGUCGGGCACUUCACGGGUGAACAGCAUGCGAUCAGCCGAGGAGAGAGAGCGGCGCACCGAGAAGCACACCGUGACAACGCGCGAGACCUUGACAUCCAGGACGAAGAGUCCAGACCGAAGGCAUGUGCCAUCUAUGUCGACCGGUAAAGCCAGGGCAGAUCCGAGGAGGGCUGCGGACACAGCCUCGAAAGAUUUGAGGCAAGAGGCACCUCUACAAGCCCCAUGGGAACCGGAAGCGACUCUCAUACCACUCACCUCUGCGCCCUUAGCCUCUCGAAUAUCAAUACCACCAUUAGCACUGCACGCGCCUGCUUCGGUACAACCGAAGCCCCUGUCGGAACUAUCGUUAGAGGCACAGGAGGCUGCCAUACUGGAGGAUCUGUUGUUCGUGUUCAUGGGCUACGAGGGGCAAUACAUCCGUUUUGCGAAAGGCUAUGACCCUCACGAGGAAAGAGACCGGCUCGCUGGUCCGACGCACCGCAUCCUGGCUGGCCUGGACCCGAGCUUGCAGGACCUCACCAUGUCCAUGCUGAAAAUGGCAACAUACUAUACUGCCUUGGAGACGUUUAUCGAUGUGCAAAGCCGGGAGGAGUUUGGGUCAGUGAAUCAUGCGCUGUGUGCCUCAAUUCGGAAAUUCCUGCAGGACUACCUCGUCCUCAUUGCACAAUUGGAGACGCAGUUCCUCACAAACGACGCCUUCACACUGCACGUUUUGAAUAUCCACAUACUGCCCACCAGCCAUAUGAUGUUUCAACUUUACUCCUUGGCACAUGAAUUAUUGAAGCGGAAUGCGCUCUUGGAUGAAGAAACGGAUGAGUCAAGUGAUAGUGCAGAUGAUUUCGACCAGAUCUUGGAACAGUUGAGGGACGGCGGGGAUCUGAUGCCAGGGAACAUGACAGGAAAGAAAAUAUGCAAAGGGGGUGUGGUGCUUGGUCUCAUCACGAAGAGAUUAGAGACCAUGUCCGGAGAUCCUGCGGCCAGAGCCCUGCUUACGAAUCUCCUCAGAGAUUCGAGCAAGCCGUACAUGGUCAUGCUGAAUGAGUGGCUUCACCAUGGAAGUAUCAACGACCCACAUGGCGAAUUUUUGAUCAAGGAGCAAAAGAGCCUGCGCCGAGAGAGGCUAGAACAAGAUUACACGGAUGAGUACUGGGAGCGGCGUUACACGAUCAGAGAAAAGGAGAUACCGCCGCAGCUCGAGGCAGUUAAGGAGAAGGUGCUCCUUGCUGGCAAAUACCUCAAUGUCGUCCGCGAAUGUGGAGGCGUGGACGUCAGCAGUGACGUGAAGGAUAAGCCCAAAUCAUUUGACGACAACCGAUUCCUGGAGAAUGUCAACAAUGCAUACUCGCACGCGAACGAGUCUUUGAUGCAGCUGCUGUUGACGACUCAUGCUCUACCGGACCGCUUGCGAUCUUUAAAGCACUACUUCUUUCUCGACCCAUCAGACUACUUUACCUACUUCUUGGAACUCAGCGUCUCGGAACUGCGAAAACCAACACAGGUCGUCAACAUUGCCAAGUUGCAGUCAUUGCUGGAUUUGGUGCUGCGGCAGCCAGGCAGCAUCGUGGCACUGGAUCCUUUCAAGGAGGAUGUUAAGGUACAGAUGAACGAGAUUACGCUUAUCAAGUCCCUUCAGCGGGUCGUUAAUAUCACCGGCAUUGAGGAGGGCGGUGCGCUGCAACCUCUGAAGGAUCAGCCAGUUGAGAGUGACAAGAAGGCUAAUGGCUUUACGUCUCUGCAACUGGACUAUGCAGUUCCAUUCCCAGUGUCUCUGCAGCUACUUUACUUCUGCACCGCUGAAGUGAUCGAACCAAACUGGCAAUCCCUCAUGUCUCGACUCAAGGCAAAGGAUAAUGAUGCGUCCAAAGGCUUCACCCGGACUGUGGAUGAGCUGAUGCAGGAUCAUGUGGAUUUCCUGGACACUUGCUUGAAGGAGUGCAUGCUGACGAACAGCAAGCUUCUCAGGGUCCACUCCAAGCUCAUGAACAAUUGCACCAUGUUCACCAGCAGUAUCGACUGGAUGACAAGGAACCUGGAAAGGGCCGACCCAGACCUGCAAGGAAAAACGAAACCGAGAAACAUGUCCGACGACCAGUGGAAGCAUGUGCUGGCAAACAGGGAGAAGUGGCAGUCCGCUCAUGGCGAGUCAACCAAGAGUCCCGAGGCCCUGUUAUCCAUGAUUGUGGAAACGAUGAAGGCGUGGGAAUACAACUUUGGCAGGCAUCUCAAGAUUCUCCUCGACGCACUGAAUCACUAUGCGGCGACGGAGACGGUGGUGCUGCUCAGCCUCUGUGCAAGACUAAGCGCUGCGAACCAAGGCACGGAGCACGUCGGGUUCAGGAAUGAAGAUGAGUCUACUCUUUGA